AUGUCUGAUGUCUCAGGUGACCUGUUGCUGGUGGUGAAGAGCAAAGAUGUCACCCAGGAGCAGCAGGAGAAAGAACUCCAGGUCUCCAAGAGGGAGUGUGGUCAGCUCCGCCGGGAGAUGCUUGCUAAUGAGUCCGUCCUCAAACAACGCCUUGGGGAGGAGGAGGCGAGGAGAGAAGUGGUGGAGCAACAGCUUCGGAUCGUUGAGGAGAGAGCAGAUGCAUUGCAGGCACACCUUCACGACAUUUGCAAGGGCGCCCCCUCUCAGAGUGAAGUGAAAAGUGCACCACCCGAUGUCACGAUAUCAGAUGAAACCGCUACUACCUCAGAAGAUACACCUUCACAUACCAAACAAACAGAUCAGGGAUUCUGGAUGCAGCGAGUUACUGCACUGGAGCGUGAACUUGCCGAAGAGCGACAACGAUGUCGAGCAGCAGAGAAACGAGCUGAAUUAUUAGGAGGUGAUGUCGCUGAGGUACCCCCACAGUCACCUCGACCAGGGGAGGGAGAGGAAGCGGCACUAAGAGAACGGGAAAAGGAAUUACUCAAAUUUGAGUCUCUCGAGACUAUUCUCCUCAGCGGCCUCUAUAAGUCAAUGACCGGUGAUCAGUACUACCUAUCUUGUGGAAUCUGUCUGGCUCUCUAUUUCCUUCAAAGGGAUCUCAUCGCAGUGGAGUUCAAAGCUAAACACUUUGAGUGA